UUCUGCUUCGGCGCUGAGGGGCAACAAUUGAAGACUCAUCCCGACUCAUCCACUCUUCCCCAUCUCAUUUACCUUCACUCGCUCGUGUGGAUUAAUCUCUUCCACCCAGAUAAAUAUUUACAAGUGUCAACUGGGAUAGCCACUUGUUCUCCGAUACCCAGCGGUCGCAGCAUUUGAGAUUGUGCCCCGCUUCGUCCAUCCCACAAUCAUUUAACGACCUCUACACGACACUUUCUUUCAUCGUGAUACCCCUGCGUUGUUUCGCCGAUUUUAUUCAAGAUGGACGGCCCUGCAUCUUCCCUCCCCUACACCUGCAACACUUGCCUUGUCGCUUUCCGCGGCAGCGAUGCGCAGCGGGUGCACAUGCGCACUGACUGGCACUUGUAUAAUAUGAAGCGUCGCAUUGCCUCUCUUCCCCCAGUCUCUCAGGAAACCUUCAACGAAAAGGUGCUUGCCGCCAAAGCCACCACCACUGCCGCGGCCGCCAAGGCAUCGUUCGAGACGACCUGCGUCGCUUGCCAGAAGACCUUCUACAGCGAGAACUCCUACCAGAACCAUAUCAAGAGCUCUAAGCACAAGGCCCGCGAGGCCCGCAUGAGCCGGGAAAACGCCGACGAGUCGUCCUCUGUCAUGAGCUCCACCUUCUCCCUGGGAGAACCUAUCAACAAGCCCCGCGUUGGAGAGUCCGAGGUUAACAAGGUCGCCGAGACCCUCAAGGAUGCUACCAUCAAGGAAGAGAGCAAUGAAGACGAGGAGAUGUCUGAUGAUGGAUUCUUUGCGUCUCGUUGUCUCUUCUGUCUGCAGAAGUCGGACAAUGUUGAAGAAAACACCGAGCACAUGUUCAAGACCCACGGCAUGUUCAUUCCCGAGAAGGACUACCUCGUUGACAUUGAGGGUCUUCUCCACUACCUGUGGCGCAAGAUCAACGAGAACAGCGAAUGCACCUACUGCCAUAUGAUCCGCAACACCCCCGAAGGCAUCCGCACCCACAUGAAGGACAAGGGCCACUGCAUGAUUGCUUUCGAGUCUGAGGCCGAGCAGAUCGAGAUUGGCCAGUACUACGACUUCCGCAGCACUUACUCAGACGACGAAGAGUGGGAGUCCACCGGCAGCGAGACACAUGAGGAAGGAGGCGUCAAGGUAGACGGCGAAGACGAGGGAUGGGAGACAGACGCCUCAUCCAUGGACGAGGACGAGGACGACCUCGACAACCGUAAGCGCGCGCCCGUCGUCUACGCCACCGACUACGAGCUGCAUCUGCCCUCCGGUCGCAGCGUCGGUCACCGCUCCCUCGCCAAAUACUACCGCCAGAACCUGCACAACUACCCCACCGCAGAGGAGCGUGCCGAACGCCAACUUGCCAUCGAGAACGGCGAGAUCGAGGAAGAGGAGCCGAAGCCUCGUGGCCGCAACCUCAACCGUGCGCUUAUCACCCGUGCCAAUGGCGGUACUGGUAUGAUUGGAACGACAGAUUCCCAGAAGAGGGACGUGAUGAUCAGCGAGCGCAAGGAACGCCAGAGAGCCAUGCGACAAGAGCAGCGCUUCACGGCACGGGUCAACCGGCAAGCCAACCACCAGAAACACUUCAGAGAUCCUCUCCUGCAAUGAUCUCAUACAUUUCGUCUUCUUGCAUCGUAUGUUGAUGAGUCUAUGAAUUAUUUCAGGCUGUUUGUUUCUUGGGUUUAGUUUCUGCAUUGCCGUGCUGCUGGCAUCGUCUUGUUUAUGGAGUUGUGG